AUGUCGCUUUGUACGCCACUAUUAACCAAUGUUACGGCGGAAAAUUGCGACGCGCUCUUCGCUUGUUCGCUUCUCAUUGCCAGUUUUACUUUCGCUUCUAGAACGUUAAAUUCUGGUUUCACACCCAUGGGUUUGGUUGAAGUAAUAGAAGUGUUCACUCUAGUUCGUGGAACUGCGUCAAUUGUGGAAAAGGCUCGGUCCUGGAUCGAACAGGGUGAUAUGAGGCUCUUGUUGAAAUUCACCCGGUGCGCACAGCAGAUUCCAAAGUCUAAGAAUUCUCAUGAGGUACAUACCCAAUUGGAAGCUUUAAUUGGAGACUAUGAAGAUAUAGAAACCUAUUCAUUUCAGAGUGCUGCGCAGGCCAUUGUUCUGGACUCUAUCAAGCAUCUCUUGGACGUUUUUGACUCCUGCAUUGCUAGUGAAAACCAGAGCACAAUUUUAGCGUGGCCUGCGAUAGUAGAUUCAGAAUUUCUGGACCUGCUAUCUCAAAAAGAAGAUGGUUCUUUGGUGGCCCUAGCCUACUACGGGGCAGUUCUACAUGUUAUGACUAAGGCUUGGUGGAUGGAAGGUUGGGGAAAGUUUUUGGUCAUUCUUGCCGCGGACUGUUUGGAUGAACAUGCACAGUCGGCAAUUGCCUGGCCUUUAGGCGUUAUCAAGAAUGAUGAAAGGUCUUCGUAA